AUGGCCGCAAACCAAAGAGUCUGCUCUGCAUAUCUCCCAAGCCGACCAAAAGCUGCUGCUGCUCCUGCUGCUGCUGCCGCCACCACCACGAUGUCGUCGGGUUCUACUCCAUACUACAAAUACUAUCACUACGACCCCUCUUUGGCCGGCACCUGUGUUUUUGCGGUGCUGUUUGGGCUAUCGACCGUUUGGCAUUUGAUCUUGGUCGCCCGACGCCGCACAUGGUACUUCGUUCCUCUGAUCACCGGCGGAAUUUUUGAAAUAGUCGGAUAUGCGGCCCGUGGAGUAUCGCAUCAACAAGCGCCCAACUUGACCUUGGCUCCUUAUGUCAUUCAAACCCUGCUUCUGCUCGUCGCCCCAGCGCUCUUUGCCGCGAGCAUUUACAUGGUCCUGGUUCGAAUCGUUGUCAGUGCCGAUGGCGAAUCUUGCUGUCUGAUCAAAGCCCGAUGGCUGACCACGGUCUUCGUCACGAGCGACGUGGUCACCUUCUUCGUUCAGCUCGGUGGUGCUGGACUGUUGGCGAGCAGCAACCCGUCGCAGUCAAGGCUAGGCUCCCGCAUCGUUCUGGCGGGGUUGUUGCUGCAGAUCAUCAUUUUCGGCUUCUUCGUUGCCGUCGCCAUGGUCUUUCAUCUUCGAUUGCGCAAGCGGCUCAGCGGCAAAUCCCACGGCCUUUCAAUGCCGUGGCAGCAAUUUCUCUACGUUCUGUACAUUACGAGCGCGGCCAUCAUGGUUCGAUCAAUCGUGCGCGUCGUCGAGUUCGUCGAGGGUUUCGAAGGGACAAUCAUUCGGCACCAGAUUUAUCUCUAUGUGUUUGACGGAGUCCCCAUGGCGGCCGUGAUGUUUGUUUUCAAUUUCUGGUAUCCUUCGUAUUUCUCGAUACGGGCAAGAAAUGCUCUGGCGGAUGGCGUUUGCGAGGACUCGACAUUUGAGCAAUCGGCCAUGGAAUUGCAGAGCGAAUGA